UUUCGAUACGGUCUACUCUGCUGGAGGACAGUGACUGAGGAGGGUGGAGCCCACCUCUAUGUGUCUUUUUGGACAAAACAACCCCAUGUCACAGCACUGAACCGUCCUGGAACUCGUAGUACUCUCCGAAUUUUUCCUGCCUCGACAAAUAAAUGCUCAGCAUAGGCAUCAGAGAAGUAAAACACGCGAAAAACAAGGAUCAUUUUGCAAACGGAAACAAAAGCGCAUUGGCCAUACAGCGCACGGAGCCUCUCAAUGCAUACCCUCUGUGCCCGAGGAACGAUGAAACCAGAGAUAAACGCCGCCGUCGGGUUUCUGUCGAGAUUCCUGCGGAUUAAAGGACAUGUGAACGACAGACAGCUCCAGACGUUCAGCCAGACUCUACAGGACAUCCUGGCAGAGCAAUACAAGCACCACUGGUUCCCAGACCGUCCCAACAAAGGUUCUGGGUAUCGCUGCAUACGCAUCAACCACAAGAUGGACCCUCUGGUGGGACAGGCCGGCCAGCGCAUCGGCCUGAGCAUCCAGCAACUCUACCUGCUGCUUCCCAGUGAGCUCACAUUGUGGGUUGACCCAUUCGAAGUGUCCUACCGCAUCGGAGAGGACGGCUCGAUCUGCGUGCUCUACGAGUCCCACCCCAGCACCAACGGAAACCCCAGCAUCACCACUGGAAACAGCAACCCCGCCUCCUCUGUCACCCAGGUAUCCCCGAUGGUGGACAGUCACAUCAGCUGUAAGGAGGAACUACUGGUUUUGGGUCGUACCAGCCCUACUAAACCCUACAUGAUGACUGUGUCCAGCUAAAUGGGUCACAGAAGUCAUUUUUCAAACAUAAAAAAGAGAAAGGAGAAGGAGAAGAAGAAAAAAAACAGGAUGUGUCCUAUCACCCAGGUGAUGGAAACCUCGUAGGUUUAAUUUUCACUCGUUUGAUUGUCUGUUCUGUUAUUGUGUUGGAUCUACCAGAGGCUUGACCCUGGGGCAGCUAAUGAAGACCUGAAACAUCGCCCGGCCCCCCAGCUCACUGAGACUGGCCCACUCCCACGUCGGUGGUCCUGGGGGGCUUUUUCCACCAUCGUCUGCCGAUGUUGACUUUGCACUUUCGCUUUCACUGUUUAUCGCAUAAAUGCAAACUCCCUCUAAAAUGUUAAGGAAUUAUUUUCAGAAUCCUGUUUUAUCAUUUCACCGUUCACUGUUGAACUGAAGCCCAGACCUGCCGGCACCCGUGCCGAACCAGAGUAUCCGCUACAAGCCUCUUUUUUUUUUUUUUUUUUUUUUUUUUACCUCACUUUUUUGGACCACAAAGCGGUACUUUUGUCUCUUUUCUCUGUGUCUGGUAUGCAACCAGGCCUUAUUUUGAGCUUCAGGUCGACAUGAACCGGUUUCAAACAGCCUCCAUCCUGUACACUGCCGCAGUGGAAUACCUGUGUCAUACUGUUACCCACGCUAGCCGUUGAUGGCACUGUGAUGCAAAGGUUCUCAUGCUUGUAGCUUUUUCUAGGGGCUCCCUCCUGGAUGAAUGUAAUUUGUAACAAAAAAGAGAGAGAGAAAAAAAAAAAAGAAAUCUAAUGCAGACAAAAUAUUUGGAUUACUCAAGCCCCUCGUCAUACCAAAAUGAAAGAUGUAGCAAAGUUGUUGUUUUUUUUUUUGUUGUUUUUUUUACUUUGAGCAGAUGUGGUCUUUACUUUCUGCCUGAUUUAGAAAGGACGUUGAAUGCACUUCGACAUUUUAGACUGUGUGACGUUUCGAUUCGACCUAGCAGCAUUCCACCGCGUACCUCCUCAUUCAGUUGUCGUAAUUCGCUCUCUCUGUUUGUGCUCUGCACAGAGCAACGUGGUUGCAAUAUUUCUGAAGGUGGGAGACAUUUCAAUCCUGGAUUGAUCUUGCGCUCUCUCUCCCUCUCUCUCUCCCCGUUUUUAUCCCUUCGAAUGACUGAUUCAGGCUGUUAAGAGAUUAGUUCUCCAUCUAUUGGACUCCAUUUAAGGCCAGUACAUGGCAAGAGUCAACAGACCAGCAAGAAACGGCAUCAAAAAACAGAACAAUGUUGCCCAUCUUCUCGCAGAAUCGCAGGGCCAGUGAUGCUCGCUUGUUUCAGAGGGUCUCCCGAUGCACUUUCCAGCCAGUCGUCACCGGUCUCAGUCUUAACUAGGAGUGCACCGUCAAAACAUAUCACCUCCCUCCCUAAGCCUGUCGAAGGAGGGGGUAGGACCCUCACAUCAGGGCAGCUACAAUCCUCUCCGGCCCCCUUCUCGCAGUCUGCAGGAGAGUUUUUAUGCCAGCACACAUACCAAGCGCACUCCAAAACCUACUGAGCCUUACGUACAGGGCCGAGUAGGGAUGGGGAGAGACAUACGGUGUGCUCCUGGUUCUGGACGAUUCUGUUUACAUUGGCGUGAGUGGACGGAAAUAAGCUGGUUGCGGGCUUUGUGUGCGACGGACUGCUCUUGCCUUAGCCGCUAAACUGCAGAGACAAGGUGCUGAUUAUCAGUCCAAUGUGUGCUAAUACUUUCGACCCUAGAGGACCAUGGGUAACGCCAGGUUGUCGAAGCACUGUCGUCCCUUUCUGUGUUGUUUUGGUCUAUUUUAGAGAGGCGGAAAGGCGUUUUUAAAUUACAUUUUAAGUACGGGUCGAACCUUGAUAUUUGGACUCAGUUUGCCAUCCCACCCUUCUGAAUGCUUUGAACUCUGAGAGGCGGCCCCCUUCGCCUGAUGGUUUUAAUAUUAAAGCUUUUUAACCUCAUUCUGGUGAUCGUAACCAAGUUGGAACAGACAAAUCGAGUGCUUUUUAGAUCUGCAGCUUUUAAACUACUACAAACUACUUUACCCCCUCCCCCACCUCCACUGAAAUAACAUCAGCAAACCAUUUCCACUCUGUUUCAGUUCGGUAAGCAUUUGCACACAAGUUUUAAGUAUCGUCAUGAGACUAAACUCAAGUCUACUCUGAGGCAAGAGCACAUGAAAUGCACUAAUAGGUUAAACAUUGAAGUUGUGUGACUUUGAGACCGAUGUGUCUCGAUUGGAAUGUAUUGCCAAGCUUAGGCCACAGACAUUCAUUGAAACUCUUAUGGAUGUGCAGGUUAAAAUGUGAAAAACAGAAGGGAAUUAUUCGGUUGGGAAUUUCAGAAGUGAUUCACGUUAUUGCCACUUUCGCAUCUGAGGUGGUUCCAUAUUUGUAGAAUGUAUUGUUAUUGUACAACAUAUGGUAGAGUAAGUACAUAACCAUACAUAUGGGAAGUGCCAAUAAUUGAUAUUUUGCUGUGUGUAGACGUGUUCCUUUUUGUAUUUCAUAUUUUAACAUGAAUUCCUCUUUCAUAAGUCAAGCCAUUUGUGUUAGGAGUGUUGGAGAGGACCAAAGUUGUUUUGGUAAAAAAAAAAAAUGUAUUGAUCAGUUUCCAUGCUCUGUGCUGAUAGACUUUCCUUGUUUUUUUUUUACCCCUCUUUUCUUUCUUUCUUUCUUUUUAAAAAAAAUUAAAACAAAAAAAAGAAAAAAUUGAGCAACCCAAGAUAAAGCUGUCUGUAUCUUGUGAUUUUUCCUGUCUGUACAUCUCUUGUGUUCAUUCUUUUUCCUCAUUCUUGGGUAUGUUGUGAUGAACUGCUGUAAAUUUGUACAGUUCAUGUAAAUUGAUUGUGCGGAAGUUGUACAGAUUUCUAUAUUUUGGAAGAAAAGUUUUUUUCUCUGUAAUAAAAUAUUUCCUAUCUUGGCAAUGGUU